CUGAGGCUCUCCCCUCAGAGCUGUCCUCCUGCAGCACUGCAUCGCUGUUGCACUUCCCCCCUCACUGACGUCACACCUGACAUCUCAUGCAGGGGGCGUGUCCUACAGAAAUCCCAAGCCAGGCUCAGACUUAGCUGCAGCUCUGCGAGAGGGGAGAGGCAGGGAGGGAGGAAGAGUUUGAACGCACACUGCAGAGGGAGUGCAGCUAUGGGGAAUGUGCAAGAGAAACCCCCGGGCAGCGGAGGAGGAGGGGGUGGUAGAUCGGAUCAGGCCACAGCAGGGAGCGGGACAAGAAGCCGUGAAAAGCCACCGACUCACGGAGCUCCACAGAGGGAGGUGGCCAAUGGCACUCAGAGAGACAACAACACUACUGGUGGACAAGAGGAGCGCGGCAGCCCUGCAGUGGACACAAGUUACCUGGACGCCCCUGCUGGGGCCCUUCCUCCUCACCUGGCCCGGCUCAAGAAUGAAGGGAACCACCUCUUCAAACAUGGCCAGUUUGGUGAUGCCAUAGAGAAGUACACACAGGCCAUUGAUGGAUGUGCUGAAGCAGGCAUCGAUAGCGCAGAAGACCUGUGUAUUCUCUACUCCAACAGAGCGGCCUGUAACCUGAAGGUUGGAAACAGCACGGACUGCAUUCAGGACUGCACCAAGGCUUUGGAGCUGCAGCCCUACUCCUUGAAACCCCUGUUGAGCAGAGCUAUGGCCUAUGAGUCACUGGAGCGCUACAGGAAGGCCUACGUGGAUUAUAAGACCGUCCUGCAGAUAGACACCGGGGUGCAGGCAGCUCACGAUAGGGUCCACAGGAUCACCAAGAUGCUUAUUGAGCAGGACGGACCUGGCUGGAGGGAGAACCUCCCAGAGAUUCCCAACGUCCCUCAGUCUAUCCAGCAGCAACACCGAGAGAAACCAGUCAGCGUCGAAGUGGCUCAAGCCCGAGCUGCCAGGGCUGCACAGGAAGAAGUGAGAAGAAAAGAGGCCCGCUUUACUUUACUGAAACGAGAAGGCAACGAUCUGGUCAAGAAAGGCCUCUUCCAGGAGGCUCUGGAGAAGUACAGUGAAUGUCUGACCCUCAAACCUGACGAAUGUGCUCUCUACACGAACAGAGCCAUUUGCCUCCUGAAACUGAAUUACUUUGAAGAGGCCAAACAGGACUGUGACUCUGCACUGCAGAUGGAGCCGGGAAACAAGAAAGCCUUCUACAGACGAGCUCUGGCUUACAAGGGUUUACAGGACUACCUGUCGGCCAGCAGUGACCUCCAGGAAGUCCUCCAGCUGGACCCGAAUGUACGCGAGGCCGAGCAAGAGCUUGAGGUGGUGACGGGCUUGCUGAGACAGAGCCUGAUGGACAGCAAUGUACACACUCCAAGGGUUUGAUGUUUGUUUGUGGUGCAAUGUGGAGGCCGAGGAAUGAAACGGGCACAUACUGUACUAUAGCCGUGAUGGACGAAAAGGACUUUUAAAGCCAUCAACUGUUGUGAGGAAGACCUGUAAAAAAAAGAAAGAAAAGAAAUGACUGGCAUUAACUCCUGGGACGGGCUUCCUUGGACGACCAGCUCUCUUUCAGCUCUGCACCAUCCCGCAACGUGAGCAAAACCACACCUUAACUCCUGAGUACACAACCUUACAUAAUGGGCAGCUUUAUUUAAAAAGGCUAAUGUAAAGGUACUCAUGACCUGCUUGCACUAGAAAUCAUUCACAUUAUGAGGUAACAUACUGUUUAUACAGAUGUGUAACAGGCGUAACAUGGGGAAAGCAAGAGUGAAUUAUGUGUGCCUUAUUGAGAAUUUUCUACCAUAGUUAAGAUGAAAUACGCCAAGAUUAUACAAUUAAACUGUAGUGUACGUGGAGGUAAGGAGUUUAAAAAGGUCCAGAUGUUAUUAUGGGGGACAAUCUUUAUGUAUACAGGAUUUCAGCUUUUUUUUCAGCUCAUUGUUUACAUGUAUUAUCAUUACAGCUGCUACGUAUUAAAAAACACAAGCCAACAACUUACUAUAAAACAUUUCUACAGCUAAAGACCCAGCUAUAGAAAUGAGGUGUUAUGACCUUAAAUUAUGCUAUAAUUUAAGAUUGUCAAGAUGAUUUUCCAGUUACACUUUCCCUAAUACUCCUGACCUUAGUAUUUCAGUCAUUUUUAAUUAGAGAUUGUCACAUCAGUGGUUUAGUAAACAUUCAGCUACAGGAUUCAUAAUCAUGUACUGUAGGCUUAUUAUAGGUCUCAGGUUCAAUCUUGAAUGUAACCAAGGUGACUGUGUGUGUGAAUAGGUGUACAGUAUUUAUGUUUGGAAAGUCUUAUCAAAAUACUAAACAGUUUUAUUAAUGCAUCCUUGGUGACUUUUUCCAUAAUUAGGAACCCUUCCUGCUGCAACAAGGAGCUAGGCGAGGACGUCCGUUUUCACCCUUUGUAUGUGUUCUGUUCAUAGAAACCUCUCAAAGCCUCUAUUCAACAAAAAUUUAAUAUACUAAACAGACUUAAACAGACAGUCAGAGCACAAGAAAAGUUAUCAGCAGGGUGACAGUUUAUAUGACCCCAAGCAGUCCGGGCAGAUCAACUAAUACAGUUCAGUGUCUGGCUUAAGUAUCUUAACAAAUAAAAUAUUUGGAUGCUGAAAGUUUGAAAACUUAAUGUUAAAGUUUUACCCACAUUUUCUCACAGUCAAUGACAACUUUAAAGGUUGAACAAACUCAUCUCAUUAUUUUCCGGAAUAUUAGCCCACUCUCAGACUGGUUUAACUUCAUAAGAUCUUGAAGUGUAUAUGAAGACUUUUGGCCCAUAUUUUUAAAGCCCUACAGCUAUCUUCCACAGGUUUUCUCCCCUAAUUUGCCUAAUUAGAGCUCUCCUCAGGUCUGUGUGGAUGUGUCAUUAAAAGCCACCUGACUGGGACGGACAAAUUGAGACUUAUGUCAUUCUUAGUAGUAGGCUGAGUUUUGUGACUUCAGUUAACUUUAACAGGAGCAGAGGUCUAAUUACCCAAAAUAAUAUCUGGCAACACCUGUGUGGGUUGUGCAGGGCAUUUAAAUCUCUUUCUUUUCAAUCUCCCAUACCUAUGCUUUUUAAAUAUCCCACAUUAGCCCUAUAGCACACAAAAAUUGUAAAUCUUUGUAUAGCACAAUGUGCCACGACUUUUAUUUCUUUCAUACUUUGAGGUAAUAAUGUCUUAAUAAACUUUGUCUAAUCUUAUUUAACCUAUCACCCCACCUCCUGUAUUGUCUAAUUAAAAGCAUAAAUAUCUCAACUAAAUGAAAACACUUGAUAGGAGGCUUGAAGUGUUGCUUCAUGGAAUGUAAGCGCAUGUACUGUAUGUAAAUAGUUUGAAUGUAAAUAAUAAACUGCUAUGUGGAUGCUUUAA